UACUGAGUUACAUUUUUUUUGGACAGGGAGUCUGAAUUACCGAUUCACUUAUAGGAAUCAACUCAAUAACUCAACCCUGAGUUGAGUUACCCACCUCUACACGGCCGUAUUUGUUUUUUCCUCACACGUAUUCGAUAUGGAAAUCGCAAAAGUUUGUGGAAAUAUAAGUAUUUGUUAAUAUUUAUCAAUCCAACAAUGGAUAAGGACUCGGAUAGCACUGUAACAUCACUAGAUGAGAAUACAGAAAAUUUCUGCACCAAUCCUACUCGAGAUAUCUUGGCAGAGGGUAUCGUAAACUUGUUCAAGCCAUCGGUGGAAAAAUUAGAUGAACAUAUCCAAGCCACUAGGGCUUCACAAAUAGAAUUGAAGAAACAGUUGACCGCACUUUCAGAGCAAUUGGUUGAAAUUGAAAAAGCACAGCAUAAUAUUCCAGAAUUUUCGAGCAAGGUCAAGGAGUUAAUUAACGUGAAGCACAAGGUAACAGUUAUAACAAAUAUUCUUAGCACAAGUCAGGAUCGUUUGGCUGGCUUGUACAAACUAAUCGAGAAGGAGCAGCGGCGUAGGCAAGCUCUGUUGGAUUCAGCUAUAAGCACAAACAUUUCUUAGAAAAGUGAAGAUGGAAACACCCUAUACAGACCACUUAACAGCGGCCG